GGUAUCCGCGCAGCGCAUCCUCGCCAUGUCCGAGACCGCUCCCGCCGCCCCAGCCGCCGCCCCGCCGGCCGAGAAGACUCCGGUCAAGAAGAAGGUCCCUAAGAAGCCUUCCGGAGCCGCUCGCAAGGCCUCUGGGCCGCCCGUGUCCGAGCUCAUCACCAAGGCCGUGGGCGCGUCCAAGGAGCGCAGCGGGGUGUCGCUGGCCGCGCUCAAGAAGGCGCUGGCGGCCGCCGGCUACGACGUGGAGAAGAACAACAGCCGCAUCAAGCUGGGGCUCAAGAGCCUGGUGAGCAAGGGCACCCUGGUGCAGACCAAGGGCACCGGCGCCUCCGGCUCCUUCAAGCUCAACAAGAAGGCCGCGGCGGGCGAGGCCAAGCCCAAGGCCAAGAAAGCCGGCGCCGCCAAGGCCAAGAAGCCCGCGGGCGCGGCCAAGAAGCCCAAGAAAGCUACGGGCGCCGCCACUCCCAAGAAAGCGGCCAAGAAGACCCCGAAGAAGGCCAAGAAGCCCGCGGCUGCCGCAGUCACCAAGAACGCUAAGAGUCCCAAGAAGGCCAAGGUGGCCAAGCCCAAGAAGGUCAAGAGCGCCUCCAAGGCUGUGAAGCCCAAGGCUGCCAAGCCCAAGGUUGCUAAGCCCAAGAAGUCCGCAGCCAAGAAGAAGUAAGCGGCCCUCGAUCUGAUGCUUCUUCACCCAAAACGGCUCUUUUCAGAGCCACCACUUGCUUCACAAGCUGAGCUGUGAACACUUAACUGCUGGUCAGAGGGUGGAAAGGGUUGGGGUGUCGCUAUCCCAGCCACGGUUGGUGUUGGACUUGCCUGCCUGUGGUCAUCCCGGAUGUCCCCUGACUGCCUCCGGGACGUGCGUUUCUAGCUGCCAGCCCCCGCCCUUGCCUGAGCAAAAAAAGUUCUUUCGGGGAUCUGCUGCGUUGCACGGGAGGCUCGAGGCAUUCGAAAGUUCCGCCUUGCGCCACGGUUGGCGCGCUCCUCCCGUGACUUGGGUUUUAAUUGGAUGCUGGCCCGUCUCCUUCCUGUUUUCCUUCGGUGGGGAUAGAAGUCCCAGCCUCCGGCUAAGACAUGAACGGCGUCCCUGAGGUGCUCAGGUCAGUGCCUCUCCAGGCUGUGGGCGAGAGAGUACGUCCAGGAGUAGCGUAGAGCAAGACCUGCGCAUCCCAGCCCGGCUGGAGGGUGGGGGUCUAGGGAUUUGGUCAGCUGAGUCGGUGAUGGUGGAAGUGCGUCACAGCAUGCUCGUCAGCCAUCUUUUUAAGGCGUGGUCCACACUGCCGGUCCUUUAAAAUCUUUCGUUUUAUUUUGAGAAAGGAUCUCGGUUGUAACCGAGGCGGUCCUGAAACUUCGUAUGUAACCCCGGGCUGGCCUCCAACUCGUGAUGCCCCUGCCCCAGUUUCACGCGUUGGGAUUACCGAUGUGCGUCAUCAAAUUUGUGCUUGUAAAUAAGCGAAGUUGCUUUAGACGUUCUCCUAUGUAGUCCGAAGAACCAGUUACUGGUUAACUGUUUAGCGUGUAUAUGGAUAUUUAAUAAAGGCUUUGAUUUUCAUUAA